ACUUUUUAAAGGUUCGGAGCAAACAAAGGAUGCGGUGUGGGAUCAUAUCGAGGAAAAGUUCUUUACGGCGAUGAACAAAGACACCUCGUACCGUACCCAGGACAAACUCACUUCUAAAUGGGGCCACAUCAACUGUAAAGUCCAAAAGUUUAUCGGAGUUUACGAGGAAUGCGCUCGGUCCCGGAGGAGCGAGACGAACGACGCUGAUGUUUUUCGGCUUGCCGCGACCCGAUAUCAAGAUGACGGGCACCAAGGCAAGGUGCCCAUCGAUCUUUGGAGGAUUUUAAGCCGUUCACCGAAAUGGCAACAACUCAACAAUUCUGAUGCCACAUCCUCAAAGAAAAGAUCCUCCGUCGACACCGAGGUUGAGGUCGAUGACACUAUCGGUUCGUCUGAACAAAGGUCUCCCUUCAGCGUUGCAGAUUCUAAUGACGAGGACCCCAUUCCACGGCCGAUCGGAAGAAAGAAGGCAAAAUCCAUUGCCUCGGGUUCUGGAGGGUCCGGCUCUAUUUCCGUUUCUUCUCACGACAAUAUCAGUCGGGCAAUGGUUGAACAAGUUCGGAUGUUCAAUAUUCGAGAAGAAGAGAGGGCGAGAAGAAAGCAAGAGAAGGAAGAAAUCGAAAUAAUGGAAGGCGACCUUGAUACGUCAUUGGGCUUCGAACAAAUUGGUAUGGGUGAGCAGGAAGGAGGACUUUAUUACUUCAAGGAGCCUGAAAAGAAGAUGGUGUGCAGUGCGAAGAAGGAGAGUAAGUUUGACCUUUGGCACAAACGACUUGGACAUCCUUCCUCUCAUGUUUUGUCUCUUGUUCCUGAAGUUGGAACAAGUGCAUCUCUUGAUACAGGAACUACAAAUGAGGUUAGCUCUUAUGAUGAAGAUGAAGAACUGCGGACGGAAGAACGGAUGGACCGUUCCAGGAGGAACGGUCGACCGGAGGAAAGCGGCAGAGCAGAUCGGCUACAGACGGUCGACCUGAUGGACCGUUCCGAUGUCCACGGUCGACCGUCCGAGAGGCAGGAUGACGGAUUCCUGAGAGAUGACCGAACGGUCGACCUGGUGGACCGUCCUGAUAUCCACGGCCGACCGUCCGAGAGGCAGAAUGACGGUUCUUUGGGAGAUGAUCAAACGGUCGACCGUUAUGAGGAAGACGGUCGACCGUCGUUGAGGCAGAUAGUUAGCGAUCCGGAACAGCUUCAGACGGUCGACCCCGUGGACCGUUCCACGGACGGCAGUCGACCGUCCUCUUCCCAGCAGGCGGUGGAGAACUUGGGACGUGGUCAACGUGAGAAACGUCCAAAUGUACGUCUUGCCGAUUAUGUUACUCAUGUGGCUGGCUCACAUGUUGGUGAAAAAUGCAAAUAUCCUCUUGCCUCGGAUUCUUUCCUUUUCCUUUUCCUUUACUGAUUAGGAGUCUCAUCUUGUGAUACAUCUAUCCUCAAAUUGCAUUAUAUGCUUCAGUUCACUACUCUCAACUUAAAUCUAAGAUUCUUCAUUGGGGAAAUUUAAUUAUUUCUUCAUUUUUAAUAAGAAAAAAUCAACAAAAAAACACAAAUCUUUCUACUAUAAAGUUAGAAAAACCUACAAAUAGGGAAUAAAAAAUGAAAUUCGAGCUCAGAGAGAAUGAAAAUGUCUUCUCAUAGACUACUUAAGUCUCUGAAGUCUGACAUGCGUUAACAAUUUCAAUAAUUCAUCACAGCAGAAUCAAAAGCAAAACCCAAAAAAACCAAACAUUAAUCUUUUGGAGAAAAGCCAGAUUUCAAACAAAGAAAAUGAGGAAAAAAUCAGAAAUUGACAUCAACACGAAUUUUAAAUUUCAGUUGAAAAACAGCUCUCAUUAGAGAUUGUUGAUUUUUCUAUCAUGAGAAGCAUCAGAAUAGCGUAUAUCGCCUCAAAGGGCAAACAAUCAUUGAGCAAGUAAACCCUAAAACGAUUGAUAAUUCAUAGCCGAAGGAGAUCAGAAAGAUAGAAACUGGUUUCUCAGUCACAGUGAUCAGAAACACGGACCAAUAGUUUGUUCAUCACGUCUCCAAACAUAUCAAAUAAAUCCACAAAAAAACCAAGAGGAGAGAAACGAAAGCAGAAGAAAUCGAAAUUCGAUUCGAUGAGGAUCAUCAGAGACUUAAAUACUACGAAUCAUGGAAAUAUAACUCAUAUUGUUGCAGUAUUUUCUUCAUCAUAUGAUUUGAGCGCCUCAAGAUCGAAAAAGAUAUACAAAUUUUACAGAAAUUAGAGGGAUUGAAAGAGAAGGAGAUGAAGUCGAUAAGAACUGGAGAUCGUCGGAGAAGACUGGUGAUUCUGGUGGGGUA